CCCCUCAAGAAGAGCGAGGCAGCCAUCGAUCGUCGCCUCUCUCGACAGGUGGGGGGAUUUAGUCGAGCGUUCGUACCGCUGCUCCUUCCAUUCCAUUCCUUUGGCUCUUGUGCAGCUCGAUCCAUCGCUGCUGCUCAUUAAUGGCGUUUGUUUGAUUAUGGAGUAGUAGUACUUUGUUUGUUUGUUUCUUCUCCUGUGUGCUUGACUGGUAGUUACUUGUUGCAGCAGCUGGAUGGAGCGGUGCAGCGUGCUGGGGCUGGGCGGUGGCGGGGGCGGGGGCGGGCGGCUGGACGGCGAGCUGCCGCCGGGGUUCCGGUUCCACCCGACGGACGAGGAGCUGAUCACCUACUACCUGCUGCGGAAGGUGGUGGACGGGAGCUUCAACGGGCGCGCCAUCGCGGAGAUCGACCUGAACAAGUGCGAGCCGUGGGAGCUGCCGGAGAAGGCCAAGAUGGGGGAGAAGGAGUGGUACUUCUACAGCCUCCGCGACCGCAAGUACCCCACGGGACUCCGCACCAACCGCGCCACGGGCGCCGGCUACUGGAAGGCCACCGGCAAGGACCGCGAGAUCCGCAGCGCCCGCACCGGCGCCCUCGUCGGCAUGAAGAAGACCCUCGUCUUCUACCGCGGCCGCGCCCCCAAGGGCCAGAAGACCCAGUGGGUCAUGCACGAGUACCGCCUCGACGGCACCUACGCCUACCACUUCCUCUCCUCCUCCACCCGGGAUGAGUGGGUGAUAGCCAGGAUCUUCACCAAGCCCGGCGUGUUCCCCGUCGUCCGCAAGGGCCGCCUCGGCAUAAGUGGCGGCGGCGGCGACACCUCGUGCUUCUCGGACUCCACCUCCGCCUCCGUCGGCGGCGGGGGCGGCACCUCCGCCUCGUCGGCGCUGCGCGCGCCGCUGGCUGAGGCCUCGCUGUUCGCCGCCGCCGCGGCGCCAGCCGUUGACGGCGCCGACAGCAGCAACUACGGCGGGGGCGGCGGCGCCGGCAGCGCCACCGCCACCGCCAACUUGGUCACCGGCCUUGAGCUCGUGCCCUGCUUCUCCACCACAGCCCACAUGGAUGCCUCGUUCGGCACCGGGCAGUACAACCCGGCCCCGCUGGCCGUCGAGCCGCCGCCGCCGCCGCCGGCCUUCUUCCCGAGCCUCCGCUCGCUGCAGGAGAACCUGCAGCUGCCGCUGUUCCUCUCCGGCGGCAUGCAGGCGGGCGUGUCGUCGCAGCCGCUCAGCGGCGGCGGGGCCUUCCACUGGCAGUCCGGCAUGGACGUCAAGGUCGAGGGCGCCGUCGGCCGCGCGCCGCCGCAGAUGGCCGUUGGCCCCGGCCAGCUCGACGGCGCCUUUGCAUGGGGCUUCUAGCCGCAGAUCGACGUCAUGACGCGCAUGGGGCCGGCAAGUAUGCCCUUCAAAGUGUAUGCUAAUUACUACUUACUAGCUCAUUAAUUACUACUAGUAGUACUGUAUUAAUUAGCCUCUGAUCUGUUCUUAGCUCAGGUUUUAAGUUCCUAGUAGGUGUAUGGUUAAAGUAGAGUGAACUCUGGACUAUGGCUAGCAUGUUGUGAUCGUUGUGUCAUCUCACUGCAGUAGCAGGAUUUCCCCUGAGGUGACUGAUCAGUGAUUACACAAUUUUUAUAGAUUUAGUAAUGUACGAACCAAUAUAACCGGUCUAAUUAAUGUAUGUGUAUCGGAGCGUAUCUGUUCACAAUCUAUGAGACAGAUGCAUGGUUGUUUCAGCUCCAAACCACCAUCUUUAGGUAUAUUUUCGUGCUGCAUUUC